AUGCACGUUGCUCGUCAGCUUGUCGAAUGUUAUCACAGGGGAAACGUGGAUAAUCAUACUCAUGGCAUGCGAGUCGACGAGGACCGUGUACCAGCCUUCGCGAUGUACAAGAUCGCUUUCUUAGCAUCCUUACAUCAGUUGGCAGUGGAGUCUGAUGUCUCACAGCCUGCUGUCGAAGGUCUUCGUCUCGUCACACAAGCCAGAGCUCCUGUCAACCAUGACCUCGCUGUUCAGUGA